AUGAAGCUCGGCGUGGACCAUCCCGACACGCUGACGAGUAUGGCCAACCUGGCAUCGACGUAUUGGAACCAAGGCCGAUGGGAGGAGGCAGAACAGCUCGAGGUAGACUCGCAAGACGAAGCUCGGCGUGGACUAUCCGUCUACGCUGAUGAGUAUGGCCAAUCUCGCUACUACCUGGAAAUCUUCAGGCUAUAA